AUGUGUUCGUUAAACGAAAACGACGUUAAAAAUGUUUUAAAUAAUUUUUUAGAAAACGAAACGAAUAAUCAAAUAAUUAAUUAUAAAAUUUUGGAAAAAAGCGACGAGUCUUUGGGUUAUUUGGGUAAACAUUUAACCCUUUUCGUACAAUAUUUUUAUCAUGGGAAAAAAGAAGAAAGAAAAUUUUUUAUUAAAACCCACGGUGGAAGCAAUAGAGAAAAUGAUUUCUUGGAAGUCACAGGAAUUUUCCAAAGGGAAAUUGAUUUUUAUAAAAUUUUAGUCGGAGAAUGUAAUAAAUAUGUGAAUAAUAUAAUAAAAUGGUGUCCUAAAUAUUGUUUUAGUAAAAAUAGAAUUUUGGUUUUAGAAGAUUUGUCAGAAAAAGGUUUUGUCAUGGUUGAUGGUGAUAUAAAUUUGGAUGAAGAACAUGCUGAAAAAGCUUUACAAGCUUUUUCCAGACUCCAUGCAUCAUCACUUUUACUGGAAAUGAAAAAAUCCAUUCAAUUGGACGCCGAUUAUCCUGAUUUAUUUCGUGAAGUUUUAUACGAUGAAAGUAAUACGGAAUCACCGACAGCAAGAUGGAUCUCAUGGCAAAUUCAAGAUUUAUUAGUCGGAAUUGAUUUAUUGAAAAAUUAUUCUCAAAAAGAAAAAAUUAUAAUAAAAGAAAAAUUCAAAGAACAAAUGAUGAGGAUUUAUGCGUUAAAUAAAAAAUCUAAAAUGUAUAAAAAUGUUAUAUCGCAUGGAGAUCCUUGGAAAAAUAAUUUAAUGUUUAAUUAUAAUGAAAAAAAUAAUCCGGAUUCCUGCGUUCUUGUUGAUUUUCAAUUUUUCCGUUACGCUCCUCCGGCUCAUGACGUCAUGCAAUUCCUUUAUUUCACAACGAAAAAAAUAACGAGAGAUAAUAAUAAAGAAAAAUUUUUAAAUUAUUAUUAUGAUAAUUUAUCGAUAGAAUUACAAAAAGAAAAUGAAAAUAUUAAUAACGUUAUAUCGAAACGUGAAUUUUUACAAAGUUGCGAUUUUUACAAAGAAUUGGCAGUUAUACAAUCACUUUUGAGCAUGCAUUAUCUUUUGGGACCGGUCACCCUCAAUGUCGACGAUGAAAAUUAUGAUGUCUACGAAAAUUAUCUUGAAAAUCACAGGCACGAAUAUAUGAGAAAGUUUUUUCAAAAUGAAUCAUAUUCAGAUAAAAUUAUCGAAAUUUUUUCUGAACUUAUUGACGAUUACAUUUUAAUGAAAAAAUAA